AUGGCCGGCCGAUUUGUGCGAGCGUCCAAGUACCGCCACGUCUUUGGCAAGGGCACCAAAAAGGAGCAAUGCUACGAUAACCUCCGCAUCUCCAAGAAUGCGUGGGACACCAACCUGAUCAAGGCCAACCCCGAAUACAUCUCGGUCAACUGGGAAGCCAGCGGCGGUGGCGCCUUUGCCGUCAUCCCCAUCAAUGAGCGCGGCCGGGCGCCCGACCAGCUCCCUCUCUUCCGCGGCCACACUGCCGCCGUCCUCGACACCGACUGGUCUCCCUUCAACGACUCUCUCAUUUCCUCGGCCUCUGACGACGGCAAAGUCGGCAUCUGGAAGGUGCCCGAGAACUUCACCCUGCACACCGAUGCCGAGGAGCCCGCUGAUGUCGCGCCUGUCGCCAAGCUGAGCGGCCACAUGAGGAAGGUCGGCCAUGUCCUCUUCAACACCGCCGCCGAGAACGUCCUCGCCAGCGCGUCUGGCGACUACACCGUAAAGCUCUGGGACGUCGAGGCCGGUCUGCCACAGCUCACGCUCAAGCACAACGACAUUGUCCAAUCGCUCUCAUGGAGCGCCGACGGAUCGCUCCUCGUCACCACGAGCCGCGACAAGAAGCUGCGCGUAUGGGAUGUACGCCAGGAGAAGCCCGCCCAGGAGGUUCCCGGUCAUCCUGGUGCCAAGAACAGCCGCGCUGUGUGGAUGGGUGAGACCGACCGUAUCGCGACCACUGGCUUCUCGCGCAUGAGCGACCGUCAACUCGGUCUCUGGGACCCGCGCAACCCCAAGGAGCCCAUUGGCGGCUUCCAGAUCCUCGACUCCAUCUCCGGUGUCUGCAUGCCCUUCUGGGACGACGGUACACAGUGCUUGUACCUCGCCGGCAAGGGUGACGGCAACAUCCGCUACUACGAAUACGAGAACGACAAGUUCGAGUACCUCUCCGAAUACAAGUCCGGCGACCCUCAGCGCGGUAUCGCCUUCCUUCCCAAGCGGGGUAUCAACCUGCACGAGAACGAGGUCCUGCGCUGCUUCAAGACUGUCAACGAUGCCUACGUCGAGCCCGUAUCAUUCAUCGUCCCCCGCCGUUCCGAGAUGUUCCAGAGUGAUAUUUACCCGCCUACGACAGGUCUGAAGCCAGGUGUUUCGGCUGCCGAUUGGUUCAGCGGAAAGACUGCAAUGCCGCCCAAGAUUUCACUUGAAAGCGUCUAUGAGGGCGAAGCCCCCAAAGAGGUGGAAAACGACUACAAGCCUUCCCAGCCGGCCACCACUCAGCCAUCCCCCGUCAAGGCCGAGCCGCCCAAGCCUGCGCCCGAGCCCAUACCUACACCAGUCGCUUCUCGUGGUCCACCCCCAUCUAUGAAGGACAACAAGGAUUCUAUGGCGUCGGCAGCUUCCAAAUUCGCGGACAAGGAUGCUUCGGACAACGAGAGCGCGUCGAGCUUCGAAGAGAUUCCCAAGCCAGCAGAGCGCCGCACUUUCACUGCUUCCCGCCAGGAAGAGAAGGUUAAGGGCCCCACUAUCUCCAAGGAACCUGAGAGCGCGAAGUCCACUCACAGUCCCACACCUGCAGCAUCCUCUACACCCACCUCAUCUGCUGCACCUGCCUCUUCUACGCCCACUGCGGCCGCUACGACUUCCACACCUAGCGCCGGUGGCCCUGCUUCCGCUCUCCGCGAUGCACUAGGCGACAUCAAGUCACAGCUUGAGCAGCAAAACAGGGUCAUGUCGGACCAAACCGAUCAAAUCGCACUCCUUCUGCGCGAAGUCUCAAUGCUCAAGACCAAGGUUGCCAGCUCCGAGCCCUCGGACCGUGAAAAGGAUGAGCGCAUCAGGCAGUUAGAGCUCGAGCUUGAGGAAGCCAGGUCUUGA